GGGAUCAGCUGGCUGGCGGGCGCCGAUCGCGGCCCCGGCUCAGGCUGCAGCGCCGCCUCCUCUCGCGUCGCAGGCCGGCUCGGCGGCCGUGACAAUGUUGCGGGGCUAGUAGCUGGGCGCCGGCCGCUGAGCAGUCUCAAGUUUAAACUUACACGAAUCGCUCUCUGGAGGAGGAGGGGACCCGCCGCGCGAUUGACACGCAUAUUCCUAUAGGCAUCCUCCUCCCUCAGCCCCCACCCCCAAGGCCGGAUUCGGGUGGCUCCUCCGCGAGCUGAAAUCCGAGAAGAAAUCUUUAGAUCUGUUUUCUUCAAAAAGGAAAAAAAUAUCUAGAAAUCAUCGGCAUUUUGCGUUGCUCCUUCUUAUUUGCAAGAUGAAGAAGUUUUUCGACUCCCGGAGGGAGCAGGGCGGCUCUGGCCUGGGCUCCGGCUCCAGCGGAGGAGGGGGUAGCACCUCCGGCCUGGGCAGUGGCUACAUCGGAAGGGUCUUUGGCAUCGGGCGACAGCAGGUCACUGUGGACGAGGUGUUGGCAGAAGGUGGAUUUGCUAUCGUGUUUCUGGUGAGAACAAGCAAUGGGAUGAAAUGUGCCUUGAAACGCAUGUUUGUCAACAAUGAGCAUGAUCUCCAGGUGUGCAAGAGGGAAAUCCAGAUCAUGAGGGACCUAUCAGGGCACAAGAACAUUGUAGGCUACAUUGAUUCUAGUAUCAACAAUGUGAGCAGUGGUGAUGUUUGGGAAGUUCUCAUUCUGAUGGACUUCUGUAGAGGAGGCCAGGUGGUAAACCUGAUGAACCAGCGCCUGCAAACAGGCUUUACAGAGAAUGAAGUGCUGCAGAUAUUCUGUGAUACCUGUGAAGCUGUCGCCCGCCUGCACCAGUGCAAAACUCCUAUUAUCCACCGCGACCUGAAGGUUGAAAAUAUCCUGUUGCAUGACCGAGGCCACUAUGUCCUGUGUGACUUUGGAAGUGCUACCAACAAAUUCCAGAAUCCACAAAUUGAGGGAGUCAAUGCGGUAGAAGAUGAGAUUAAGAAAUACACAACGCUAUCCUAUCGAGCACCAGAAAUGGUCAACUUGUACAGUGGCAAAAUCAUCACUACGAAGGCAGACAUUUGGGCUCUUGGAUGUUUGUUAUAUAAAUUAUGUUACUUCACUUUGCCAUUUGGAGAGAGUCAGGUGGCAAUUUGUGAUGGCAACUUCACAAUUCCCGAUAACUCUCGAUACUCUCAAGACAUGCACUGCCUUAUUAGGUAUAUGUUGGAACCAGAUCCUGACAAAAGGCCAGAUAUUUACCAGGUCUCCUACUUCUCAUUUAAACUACUCAAGAAAGAAUGUCCAAUUCCAAAUGUACAGAACUCUCCCAUUCCUGCAAAACUUCCUGAACCGGUGAAAGCCAGUGAGGCAGCUGCAAAAAAGACCCAGCCAAAGGCCAGACUGACAGAUCCCAUUCCUACCACAGAGACUUCAAUCGCACCCCGCCAACGGCCUAAAGCUGGGCAGACUCAGCCAAACCCCGGAAUCCUACCCAUUCAGCCAGCCCUCACGCCUCGAAAGAGGGCCAUGGUUCAGCCUCUACCUCAGGCUGCAGGACCCAGCAAUCAGCCUGGCCUUUUGGCCAGUGUUCCCCAACCAAAAGCCCAGCCCCCUCCCAGCCAACCUCUGGCACAAUCUCAGCCCAAGCAGCCGCAGGCCCCGCCCAUCCCACAGCCCACACCUUCUACCCAGGCCCAGGCCACCCCCCAGCACCAGCAGCAGCAGCUCUUCCUCAAGCAGCAGCAGCAACAGCAGCAGCAGCAACAGCAGCAGCCACAGCCGCAGCCGCAGCCGCAGCAGCCAGCAGGCACAUUUUACCAGCAGCAGCCGCAGCAGCCAGCGCAGACCCAGCCUCAGCAGUUUCAGGCAGUGCAUCCACCAAGCCAACAAGCAGCGAUUGCUCAGUUCCCUGUGGUGUCCCAGGGAGGCUCUCAGCAGCAGCUGAUACAGAACUUCUACCAGCAACAGCAGCAGCAGCAACAGCAACAACAACAACAGCAGCAGCAGCAGCUGGCCACAACCCUGCACCAGCAGCAGCUGAUGACUCAUCAGGCCGCCCUGCAGCCCAAGACCGCAGUGGUGGUCCCACAGCCCCAGGCACAGCCGGCCGCAGCCCCGCAGCCAACCCCUGCCCAGGAACCUGCGAUUCAAGCUCCACUAAGACAACAGCCAAAGGUUCAGACAACCCCACCUCCUACCAUCCAGGGGCAGAAAGUUGGAUCUCUCACUCCUCCUUCAUCCCCCAAAACUCAGCGUGCAGGACACAGGAGAAUUCUCAGCGAUGUAACGCACAGCGCAGUCUUUGGGGUCCCUGCCAGCAAAUCCACCCAGCUGCUCCAGGCCGCUGCAGCUGAGGCCAGUUUAAAUAAGUCCAAGUCUGCAACCACCACUCCAUCAGGCUCUCCUCGGACCUCCCAACAAAACGUCUGUAAUUCUUCAGAAGGUUCUACAUGGAAUCCCUUUGAUGAUGACAAUUUCUCCAAGCUCACAGCUGAAGAACUGCUAAACAAAGACUUUGCCAAGCUAGGGGAAGGCAAACAUCCCGACAAGCUCGGCGGCUCAGCAGAGAGUUUGAUUCCAGGCUUCCUGCCGACCCAGGGCGAUGCUUUUGCCACUUCCUCAUUUUCUGCUGGAACUGCUGAAAAAAGGAAGGGUGGGCAGACUGUGGAUUCUGGCGUCCCACUUCUAAGUGUGUCUGAUCCUUUCAUUCCUCUUCAGGUACCUGAUGCACCAGAAAAACUAAUUGAGGGACUCAAGUCUCCUGACACCUCUCUUCUGCUCCCUGACCUCUUGCCUAUGACAGAUCCUUUUGGUAGCACUUCCGAUGCUGUGAUUGAAAAAGCUGACGUUGCUGUUGAGAGUCUCAUACCAGGACUGGAACCCCCAGUUGCUCAGCGCCUCCCAUCUCAGACGGAGUCUGUGACCUCGAACCGCACAGAUUCUCUCACUGGGGAAGAUUCCCUGCUUGACUGCUCUCUGCUUUCUAACCCUACUGCUGACCUUCUGGAAGAGUUUGUCCCUCUAGCAAUCUCUGCUCCAGCCCAUAAAGCUGCAGAAGAUAGUAAUCUCAUCUCAGGUUUUGAUGUCCCUGAGGGCUCGGAAAAGGUGACAGAAGAUGAGUUUGACCCUAUUCCUGUAUUGAUAACCAAAAACCCACAAGGUCUCCAGAGAGAGCCCAAUCCCCGUCCUGUUACCACUGUAGAGCACUUUAAAGACUCAGCGGGCGUUAAAGGCCUUCCCCUGUAUCCAGACCCCUCGAGAAUACCUGCCGCAAAGACUCAAAACAACGUAGAAUCUGACUACUUGGCCAGAGAUGGCCCUUCAAGCAACAGUUCUUUCCAUAGCAGUGAAGAGGAAGGGACUGACCUGGAGGGAGACAUACUAGACUGCAGUGGGUCUCGACCUCUCCUCCUGGAGUCCGAAGAGGAGGACGAGAACUGCAAACCUCCCCAGGGGAAGCUGGGAGGAGCCAGUCCAUUCGCACAGCCUGAAGUCUCUGCUGAACAAGCAAAAGCAGUGCGAGGUGAAAGAAAGAGCCAGUUCCAGGCCCGCCCACAGCUAGCUGCUGAUGGUCUUGGUGAGCCAGAUGUUUUUGCCACAGCCCCCUUUAGGAGCUCAAGGGUUCCAGCUGAUGACAUGGACAUUUUCUCCAAAGCCCCAUUUGUCUCCAAGGGCAGUGUGACUCCCUCCCAGCCAGAGGAGGUGGAUGUAUUCUUGAGAGCUCCUUUUACCAAGAAGAAAAGCAUGGAGGAAUUACCAGUUGCCCAGAGCUCCUCCCAGGAGCUGCCUGCACAGGCCAGUCUCCUCAGUCAGGCAGGGGAUGUCCCUCUGUUCUCAGGCCGUGAGAGAGCAGGGUUUUCCUGCGUUCAAGCUCAGUAUUCCAUGGCUGGUUUUGUGCAACAAUCUAACCUCCCCUCCCAUUCUUUGCAAGCCCCAGACCAUCUUGACAGCAUCUCUCCCACGGGAUCCUCCGUGGAACCUGGAAGCCAUUCUAAUGACAGAAACAAAGGACCUCAGCCCCUUAAAGAAGCCAUCUCAGGACCAGUGGCUGGCAAACCAUUCCGCCCCCAAUCGUUAUCCAAAUAUUCACGUCACUAUAGCCCAGAAGAUGAGCCAAGUCCAGAAGUCCAGCCCAUUGCUGCCUACAAAAUUGUUUCACAGACCAAUAAGCAGUCAAUAGCUGGCUCUGUUUCCAUCACAUCCCUUUCCUCCAGGACUCGAGAGUUGCCAGCUACUGAUCCUUUUGCUUUAGCACCCUUUCCUUCCAAAGCAGGCAAGCAGAAACCUUAGGAGCAGUACCUGAGCCUUAGGCCUCUCUCUCUACCCACCCCACCAAUACCUCCCACGCCACUCCUUCCUGAGCCUUCCCAAGAAAAAAUAUUACCAAUUAUUAUCUUUCAAUCAUUAAGUCAGCAAUCUCAGUUGCAGAGAUGCUGAGAUGAAGCUCCUUUAAGUUACGCCUAUUUCUUUUGUUUCUAUUGAGUUCUGGCCUUUCAGGCACUUCUAUUUCCUUCAUAGAGGCCUCCCACCUCCACCAAAAACUCUACUUUUUGUUUUGUGUUAAACCCAGAAACUGUUUUAAUCUAGGAAUACUUUAGCCAGAUCCCCAGGGGCCAAAACUCUUGAUAGUUUUAAUUCCUGCAGCUCCUGUUGAGUCAUGUUCAUUGAAGAGUCAAGAAGAAUUCCUCCAGGACCUGAUUUAAAACUCUUUAAAAGGAGAGAUUUCUAGAAAAAAAGAGCAAUAUAGAAGUCCUGUGCAUCAAGAGGAAGUGUAAUACUGCAGCUACUAAUCAUUCCUGUAGAACCAGCAGCUCAUGAAGGAUUUCGUGCAUCGGAGUCUGUGCAAGCCAGGCUGGCCCUUGUGCAUAAACGUCUGUGGGAGUGUGAUGUGCGUCAGAGUCUAUCUUAGGUAAAAAUGUGCACAUAUGGGAGAACUGUGCUUAUAUUCAAUCAUCUGGGCAAGGACUUCCCCACAUCACACUUUUCAAAUUAGUAUGGAUGCAUAGGCUGUGUGUGUGUGUGUGUGUUGUACAGGAAGCAUUUUCCUUUAGGUAAAUCCUAUCCCAUCACACCUACCUCUGUAGUUGAAUCACUCAUUUACUGGCAGUUGCCUACUGACCUAACUGACUUGAACCAUGUUUUUAUUUAGUUUUAUUCUCAACGGAAUCAAACUCAUUGGAAGAUGUAGGAAAACCUUGCUGGGACUAAGAUUACACAGUAGAUUUCUUUUCUGGAAUUUGCUCCUUAUUAUUAACAGCUUCUAUUUACUAAGCUGCAGAUGUAGCUCAAAGGUAGAGCACUUGUUUACUUUGCCCAAGGCCCAGGAUUCUAUCCCUGGUAUGGGGGAGAAGAAGUACAAAUUGCAUUUACCUUGUGAUGAAAAGUUGUCUAUUUUUCCUCACAAUAAUAGACAAGAACACAAUGCAGUCACUAUAGAAUCGUGAGUCUUAAGCUACAAACUAGAUUUGCUUGUUUUGUUUUGUCCCUUGUCCUUGCCACCUUUCUUUGCUCCCUUUUGAGGAAAGAUCUGAGACACUAAAUAAAUUUGUCUGGAAGAAGGGAAAAUAGCUGAAUCAGCUAGUGAUUAUAAACUUUACAUUCUGUAUGCUCUCUAGAUGUUAAAGUAGGGCAGACACAGGUGACUGGCUUAUGUUUCUGAAAGUGUCUUUUAUUUCUGGAAGACCUGAGUCAUUGCUAUCUUUUUUCAUAUGCUUUAUUUUUAGUGCCCUAAAAUCAAACUUAUGUGCCCAUGGGAAGAUUUUUGCUGAGAAAGUUCAGUUUAAUGGAAAAAGUUGCUGCAUCAAGUUUCAACUUGAGAGCUUCUAGUAAAUGUUAGCAAUUUCUCCUUAAUGGGAGCGGUUGAAGGAGUUGUGUACCAAACCAGAUUAGCAAUUUAAGAAUUACUGGGAAUUCAUCCCAAAAGCCUAAAUGCCACGCUCCACUACAAUUGAUUAGGUGUUCUCUUGAAGAUGGGGAGGCUUAGUGGUAGAGCGUAUGCUUAGCAUACACAAAGCCCUGGGUUUGUUCCAAAGAACCAAAAAAUAAAAUUCAGAGAUCUUGACAUUAAAGUAAGAAUCAUACUUUUCAAAACUCAUAUAUUUCUUCUCCCUCCCCCCCUCCCCCACCCUCUUCUCUCCUGUUUGUUUGUUGUUGGUUUUUUUUUUUCUCUUUCAAUUCUAGUGAUUGAACCCCAGGUCUCACACUUGCUAGGCAAGGUCUCUAUCACUGAGCUCCAUAGCCCAACACUUUUUUAAAAAUUAAUUUCCAUCUAUUGCUAGGGUCCCAGUUAAAAUAUAAACUUAAGUUUGGGUCAGAGCUACCAGCAGUGGUUUCCCAACCAAGGUCUCAACCAUACAUGAAACCUGUUUGUUCUAACAGUUUGCUUUCUCAAUUAUUAUUUUUUAUUUUUCUGUAUAACAAUGGAUGGAAAAUUGUCUUUCCAUUGAAAGGGUUUGGCUAAUGUGCAUGGACCUUUGCACCCUAAACUCUUUAUGGUAGUUAUCAAGUGAAAUCCUCAAAGGCAUGCCUAAGAGGAAGAGAAUACUCAGGGAGUGUUCUCACCUGAAAUCACAAAUUCUUGUUAGGUCUGUGAUGCACAGUUGUAAUCAAGCUACUUGGGACGUUUAGUCUGGAGGAUUAUUUGAGUCAAGGAUUUCAAGAACACACUGAAUAGCAUAUAUUUGUCUUUAAAAAAGAACUUUAGAGAAAGAAAGAAAAACUCUUAAAAAUGGAAGGGCAUCCUAAUUCAUUCUUCUGAAUAUUCAAGAUUAUUUCAUAACCAUCCUCCAAGAUGUUUUUUCUUGAUUGUUCCUCCCAAUCAAGUGGGCGUUUUAAUUCUCAAGGUACAAAUCAGAAUGGAAUCAUAGUGAUUUUAUUAUGUAGUAGAAUCAUUUGGGAAGCAUGGGCUUAUAUCCCUCUUUUACUCUGUUGGAAACCUACAAUAGGCAGAAACUACAUGCCUUUUUUGAAUAGGAAAAUGAAUGUAACUAUUUUUUUUCUACUCAGUGAUUCAUGAAGACAUUUUGUACAUUAAUUAUUAAUAAUGGUGAAUUCUGAAGACAAGUACUAAGGUAGGGUUUUACUACUGGUUGUUUUUGGAUCAUACAGGGUAAAUCUAUUAUUUAAAAAUUAAGUGCCCUUACUAGGGGUCUUCCUGAAUCUGGAAAUCUGAAAAAUUUCAUUGUAAGGGGAAUCAGGAGUGCUCGGGGUGCUAUCUAUUAGUAGCAAUACAUGUUUCCAGUAUCUAUACUGUAACAAUUUAAAAGGAAAAAGAAAAUACAUGGUCCACAAAAUACUAUUUUUAAAAUUUGUGUUGUGUGUUAUUUACACAUUUGGUAAGUACAGGAAUCUGUAACCAUUUCAGUGGAAAGCAAUGAGCAGGCAUAUAUUUAGAGCAGUGAGCCACAACAUGCACUGAUGAACUCUUAAAGAAUAAUGCCUGAUAACAGGUACUAUUGAAUUAAUGAAGGUAGCUGCCAUAUUUCACCAUUUUCUUCACUGGAUUUAUAUACAGUUCUUGAGCUCCAAAUCCAUGGUUAAAUUACAAAGAUGAAAAAACAGAAUUUGAUACUGAGGAAAAUGCUGAUAAGCUGAUAAGAUCACUGUUGGCAGAUCUCAUAUGUAGGCAGAUAUGUAUGUUUAUAGGAGCAGGUUGUAUCUGAGUUUAAUCUGGUAGCUAAAGACUUCUAAACUUUAAACAAAGAUAGUAGUAUCUUACUGGCUUACUGUUUAGUAAGCUUUAGAAUAUGUACACAUCAAUAUUUUCAACUACCUGGUGAACAUUUCACUGAUACCUAAAGUGUAGCUUUACAUAUAAUCAUCAGAGUGACUUGAUAAUAAAAACUUAGUAUUUUUCUUUUAUAAAGAAAAAUAAUCAGAACAUGUCAGAUUAUGUAAUUGUAUACAUUAUAUCAAAUAGGAAAUUUUAUCAUAGGAAAUCAAAGAAGAGAGAUGCAGUACUCUGCAAAGUAGGAAGGAUAUAAUAAAAUGAAGUCUUUUGUCCUUUAAAAAAUUAUUCUCUGCCAUCUCUUUGGAGUUGAAACUGGAGAACACAUUUCAGUCAGUUCUGAAAUGGCCACUAGUCACACAGCAAUUCUAUCUGAGAAAUUUGGAAUGCAGAUUAUUUUGAUGAGGGGUCCAUAGAAGCAUCACAGAAAAAGAUGGCGGGCGCCCCUUGUGGAUGUCUACAACAGACUCAGAUUCCAAUCCUCCAGUCCUUGUCUAAAGGAGUAAACUGACUGUUUUAAGUGGAAUCAGUAUUUUUUCCAGGGGCUGGGAUUUAGCUCAGCGGCAUAAGCGCCUGCCUUGCAAGCAGGCAGUCAUGAGUUCGAUCCCUGGUACCGAUAAAAAUGAAAAAGACAAAAAAAAAAAAAAAGAAUAUUUUUUCCAUUGCCUUUGUCAACUAAGACUUGUUUUUCUAACCAUCAGAACACUUAAAGACUUGUUAAUGAAAAUCUCGCAGAAUGGUUAGGAAUAAAAAGCAGUCAGAAACUUUUUGUUCUAUCCUAGGAGGUCUUAUACCAAUAUCAUUUAUGCACUCACCAUUCCCCUGUUUUUACCAUAUCCAUAAGUGGAUGCUGAGAUGUACUGUUGAACAUUGUCUUAUUAUUUAUGUUUUAUUUUAUUUUUAUUAGUUGGCUCCCUUGUUACAGUAAAUAGUAUAAGUUUCAGUCCAGCCUGUGACAAUCUCACCAAAUAACAGUGAAAUGGCUCACAUUCUCAUUUCUCUUGACUAGAAAACAGCAAGAUUGAUUAGCUAGAUGCCACCCUUACUCCGUGGAGACCCAGCUCCUCCUUUCUCUCACCCCAGAGUGCUCUAGAGUGCAGGACCUAGUUUAUGUGUGAAGGGACUCUGGACUAACUGGUAAAAGGGGCUAAAUGUUAACUACACAUGGGUUGGUCCAAUGAUGACAUAAUUUGUAAUUCCAUAAAUUUAGUCUGAGCUAUAUCCCAGCAAACUCUUAGGUGUGACAGUUUUGCAUUUGUAAUGAUAUUCUUGAAAUCAAGUCAGUGUUCUCUGAAUUGCAUUGUAAAACAACUAUAUGAUGGGCUGGGGAUACAGCUCAGUGGCACAAGCGCCUGCCUGGCAAGCACAAGGUCAUGAGUUCAAUCCCUGGUACCAAAAAAAACAAAAAACAAAAAAAAAAGUACAAGGCAAGGAAUUGCAGAAAUGGUUUUUACCAACAUUAGUUGCUUUAUAGCUGAGGGUGUAGUUCAGUGGUAAAAUACAUGACUAGCAUGCAAAAGGUCCUAUGUUUAAUUGCUAGUGGAAAAGAAGGGAUAGAUUAGACUUUGGGGUGAAGGGAUACAGUGUAGCCAUUUCACGAAAAUCAGUUGUAGUCUCUGAAUCUACCAAAGAUUCCUGUUUGAGGAGUGUGAAUGGAGUGUGCUGUGUGUCUGCCUGUGUGCCUGCACUUGCAUCCCCGUGCUUGCUUGCAUAGUAUUAAUUGCACUCCCAAUAAACGCAUCCAAAGAAUAUUGAGAAGUGACCACGAAGUAUCUGGCACGACUACGUUCAACUCCCUUUGCCAAAAACUCAAAAUUAGAACCAGAGCUGUUUUCAAUAGAGAUGGGGGCAAUUGGCUCCUCACUGCCUUAGCCUACUACCCAAGUAAGCUGAUCUGCAAGGUGAGACUUGGUAGGGAUUGUCCGAUCCGAAGGACUCAUUGGUAGCGUUUAGAGGGCAGUAGUGACCAGAUGCCUCAAGAUCUGCAAGAUGUUAGUUUAAAUGAGGGAACAUUUAAUGUCACUUUUAGAGACUAGAAACCGGACAGUAAAGGACAAGGACCAUGCUCAUGCUGUGGAGAAAAGGUGAACUCUGGUGACUACUAGGUUUGACUCAGUAAGGGAAUCUGUCCUGAUACAAAGAAUAUUGAGAGCAUCAGGUCUUAGAAAAGAGAAAUGCACAAUCUCAAGGGCUGUGAACAAGGAAAAGGACUGGGGAAACAGUCCAUCUUAACAAUUUUUGCAAUACCUCUUAUUCUCAGACUAUUGGAUUUACGUUAUUGCACUCUUGGUGUGAUCUAUCUUAUGUAUCUGAUAGUUUUAUGAGUAAUUGUUUUGAGUUGUAAACUCCUAUGUACUUUAUUAAAACAAACCUAAUUAAAUGAC